UUAUCUGCAAAAAUAAAUCUUGAUUAGGGAUUAAUUGCAGCAAGAUUGAUUCUUGGGCAAAAGAACUGAAGAUCGGGAAGUAAUUUCUGCGUGAAAAGAUAAUUUUUGCCAGGAAAUAAGCCAAAAUUUACCUGGUUGAGUCUUUCUGGUAAAUUCACUCUCGCAGAAUUUCCGGACGUCACUACGCGCUUUGACAAAGCUGUCAAGAAAAAAUCUCAAUUUUUCAAGAUUUUCUGAGAAGAUUUUUUUGUAUUUAAAAAUUAAUUUCUUCAAAGAGGGAAAAUGAAUAAAAUAAAACAAGAAGUAGAUGAAGAUGGGGAGGAGUUCAAUUUGAAGAAAGUUAAAAAGGAACGUCCUGAUUAUUUAUACCCGAUGGAUAUUGAUGAUCCUCUUGCAUCGCCAAAACACGAAGAAGAAGAAGAUGAGGAGGAGGAAGAUGAGCAAAUGGAGGAAGAGCUCACAAGUGUCAUCAAGAUCGAGGUAACACCCAUAGAAGCUCCCGAAUGGUCAGGUGAUGAGCAUGAUGCGCAAGAUGGGCACGUUGAUGCUGCUGGUGAAACAAAAUCGAGAUCUAGAGCUCUCAAAUAUCCCUGCAUGGAGUGCGAAAUGGCUUUCACGAGCAAGUAUGCCCUCAAGAUGCAUUUCCGUAUUCACAAUGAAGCUCUUGGGGAUUACAUUUGCGCCACAUGCCAGAGGAGAUUUAAAACGAGUAAGACCCUGAAGCAUCACAUGCGCUUCCACACGGGUGAGAAUCUCCAUGCUUGUCACAUUUGCGACAGGAAGUUCACAAUGAGGAAUCACAUGCUGCGACACCUUCAACACGUCCAUGCUGAAGGGAAAGCAGAGAAGAAAUCCUGGAUGUGCCCUCAAUGUGGAAAGGAGUGCAACACGAAAUUUGCAUAUGAGCGCCACUUGACCGUCCACACAGAUGUCCGGAAUAUCCAAUGUACAAUUUGUACGCAGAAAUUCAAGCACAAAACAGCCCUGGAUAAGCACAUUGCAGUUCACAUUAAACUCUUUGAAUGCGAUGUGUGCCAGAAGAGAUUCAGCACGGCUGCAGCACUUCAGACGCACACCCUGAGGCAUCAGGACAAGACAGUUCAGUGUCCCUACUGCGACAGGGCAUUUUCCACGGAAGAAAACUUUCAGAAUCAUUCAAAUAAAAAUCAUCCGGGCUUGCCGUAUGAGCCAAAAGAUGGCCCCGUUUGCUGUACAAUUUGCAAUGAACUGUAUGAGAAUUUGGAAGUUCUCAAAUGUCACGUGAGAAUCCAUCCAGUUGUCCGGAACUACGAAUGCGAUAUCUGUGGGACGAAGUUCUUUGAGAAACAAGGAAUGAUUAAACACAUUAAAGCCAUUCACAUGGGCAUGAAGCAACCACAGAAGGUCUACAAGGAAGAAGAUUUAAUCUCUUGUGCGGAGUGUGAGAGGAAAUUCAAGACAAGACGUAGCUAUGAGUUGCACGUAUCCAGUCACAGCGAUGAGAGACCUUUUGGGUGCAAAAUGUGCUCAAAAACAUUCAAAAGGAAAAAGGAUGUUCGUUCCCACAUGGCUGUUCAUCGUGAUCAGAGAAUCACCCAUCCUUGUGAGCACUGUGGGAUGAAAUUCACGUGGAAGAGCAACAUGCGGAGGCAUGUGCAAGAUGUUCAUCUCAAACCAAUGCAGGAGGGAUCAGAAAUUCACGUGAAGAAGGAAGAAAUCAAGGAGGAAGUUAUUGAAGUUAAGGAUGAAAUUGAUCCAAUUGCGGAAGAGGGAAAUGGAGGAAAAUCAUUGAAGAAAGAAAAGAAAGCAAAGAAGGAAAAGGGGUCAAAGAAGGAAAAGGAAGCAAAGAAGGAUAAAAAAGUGUCUAAAAAAGAAAAGAAAUUGGAGAAUAAGGAAAAGAAAUCAAAGAAGAGGAAAUCCAAAAAAUCAGAAGAAGCUUAACUUCUGAAUUAAAUUGAUUUAUUUCUUAGCGAGAAAAAAAUUUUUCAGGAGGAAGUCUCCUUGAUCUCUAAUCUCCUCAACUCUUCUACUUAAUUAAUUGAUCCCUGAUCCGAAGAAGCAUUAAGAAACAAUCCCUUCAGCUCAAAACAAUGGAAUAAAUAGAUAAUCCAGCAUAAAA